UCAAAUCGAUUAAUUUAAGUUAACGCGAAACUUCGUGGAAACUUCAUUCACGCACCCAAUCUAUUUUCCUUGGAAAAAUCAUCCAUUAAGCAUCCAUUAGUCUUUGUCCCAACUCACAAGACUUGAAGCUUUUUUGUUUUCUCUUCGUCGCAACUCCCGAGCUUUUUCUUUUACCAAAAAUUGCGAAGUCAUGGCUGCUAUAAUAAAAUAUUUACUCUAAUCUCACUUGUUUAGUUUCCCUGGAACAAACUUCUUCAUAAAUACUACACUCAAUUUUCCUUUACCUUUGAUUGCCUCUCCAGACUUUAAUUAUGGCGGAAUCAUUUGUGGCCAUCGUUGCAGAACAGCUUUUGGAGAAGAUAAUCUCCCUGGCUGGCAAAGAAACUCUAUCGCUAUGGAAUCUCACCAGGGAUUUGAGAAGACUUCAGGAAACCGUGGCCUACAUCAAAGCUGUGCUGUUAGAUGCCGAAAAACGGCAGCAGCAGAAUGAGACGUUGCGCCUUAGUUUGGGGAAGCUUAGAGACGUCUUAUAUGAUGCUGAGGAUGUGCUUGAUGAAUUCAGGUGUGAAGCGCUGCAAAAGGAGUUGAUCAAUCGUCGAAGCACCACCACCAAAUUGGUACGAUUCCCUCCCCUCUCUAUUUCAUUUGCAUUCCCUUUGAGGAUGAGUCAUAAAAUCAAAAAGAUCAACGAUAAGCUAGAUACGAUUGCUAGUGAUUUCAAAAGGUUUAAUCUUGGACUUGAAGAGAAAGUUGAGAACCGGCGUAUUAUUCUUAGGGAUACCCACUCCUUUGUGAUAUCUUCUAAUGUUAUAGGCCGAAAUCAAGACAAAGAAAACAUCAUAGAUCUUUUAGUCAAGCCAACUGAUGCUGACAAAAUUCCCGUCAUCUCUAUAGUUGGAAUCGGAGGUUUAGGGAAGACCACGCUUGCUCAACUUGUGUACAACGAUGAAAGGAUCACUAGGUUUUUUCCCUUGAAAAUAUGGGUGUGCGUGUCAGAUGAGUUUGAUCUUGCUAGGUUGCUCUGUGAAAUUAUUUACUCCAUUACGGGGGAAAGAUGUAAUGGCUUACCAGUUAAUGCAUUGCAAAUUCAUUUGCGAAUGCUUCUAAAUGGUAAAAAAAUUUUACUCGUUUUAGAUGAUGUAUGGAACGAAGAUCAUGUAAAAUGGAUGGAACUGAGGGAUUUACUGAUGACAAGGGGUAACUUUCAACAAAGUAAAAUCCUUGUGACUACACGGAGUUCAAAAGUUGCUUCGAUAGUGGGUACUAUUGCUUCGUACAAGUUGAAUUGCCUUAGUCACAAAGAUUGUUUGUCUUUGUUUGUAAAAUGGGCAUUUAGGGAAGGGGAUGAGAAAAUAUAUCCAAACCUUUUGAGAAUUGGUGAUGAAAUUGUGAAAAAAUGCAAAGGGGUUCCGUUGGCAGUGAGAACUUUAGGGAGCUUACUCUACAUGAAAACUGAGCUACAUGAAUGGGAAUUUAUAAAAGAUAAUGACAUAUGGAAACUUGAUCAAAAUGAAAAUGACAUCCUACCUAUGCUGAGAUUGAGUUAUAAUUAUUUGCCAUCUCAUUUGCAAAGGUGUCUAACUUAUUUAUCAUUGUUUCAAAGGAUACUGUUUAUGAUACUGAUUAUAUCAUCCAAUUCUGGAUGGCCAUUGGACUUAUUGAAAGCCCUAAGCGAAAGGAAGAGUGGGAAGACGUUGGGUUACGGUAUUUCAAAGAAUUAUGGUCGAGGGGGUUUGUCCAAGAUGUCGAGGAUAAACAUGGAUUUUACAGAUUUAAAAUCCAUGACCUAAUGCAUGAUCUCUUGACA